AUGAUAGUGGAUUGUUAUUUAUUCUCUUAUUUCCCCGAUAUAACAUCAAUGUCACACUCGUAUACCAUUCCAUAUUCUCCAUGGGAGGAUGACUAUCCAAAAAAAGUGACAUCACUUUCAAUAGACAUGAAAUCGUUGGUGUACGAGACACCGUCAAGAUCCCUUGAUCAUAUAACCUGUCCAAUAUGCAAACAUCCAUUUCUCAAACCAUACUCAACCAUCUGUGGUCACACGUUUUGUAAAGCCUGCAUUAAUGAAUCUUUUAAGAGUGUAUUAGGUGAGAAAUGUCCCUUAGAUAGAGUGCCGUUGAACGUGAAUGACGAAGCUGAGGUAUACCCUGCCCCAAUCAUAUUAACUAAUAUAACUGACGAUUUAAUAGUGAAGUGCGUGAAUUCAGAGGAUGGCUGCACCUGGAGAGGUGAGCGAUGGAGUGUAAGGAACCAUGUUCUAGAAAAAUGUGCAUAUACACGGAUCAAAUGCACAUGUGGGUUGUUUUGUUCACGGAGAAUGUUGUUAGAGAAUAAAUUGAUAACUGAAGACUUUCACCCUGUCGAUAGGGAUGGAAUAGCCGUUUGUCCUCACACCAAAGUGAGUUGUGAAAAGUGUGCAGUUGAAGUAAUGCUCUGUGAAAUGGACGAGCAUUUGCAAAAACAUUGUACAAACAACAUUGUUAAAUGCAGCGGCUGUCAUUUAUCGUUUCCUCAAAUGCACUUGGGAAAUCAUACUCUGAAUUGCCAGCAAAUAUACGUGGACUGCCCUGGAUCAAAAUAUGGCUGUACAUGGAAGGGACAACGAGAACUGCUUACCAGCAUCCAUAUGUCAGACUGUGUUUUUUUGAAAUUAAAGGGCAGCCUGGAACAAUUUGAAGGGAGACUAACGUCAUUGGCCACGGAGAAUGAAAACUUGAAGCUCCAGAUGAGUACUAUUCUAGAUUCUGUAGUUCAGGGGAAAGUUCAAAACUUGGGGUAUCCUUUAGAAAUUGAGGAAAUUAGUGGCAAUCUUGAAGUAGAAAAAGAAUAUGAGCUUGACCCUGUUAGGCUAAGUAUGAAAAACAUACGUGCCUUGGUGAAAGAACUAGAGACCAAUAAAAAUAUGACACAGCUACUUGCGGAAGAAAACGUAGCUCUACGAGAACAGGUGAAAAAUCAAUGGACUAUGAUUGUCCAACUACAAAACCAAGUUCAGUUUAUGAUGAUUGAGCGACGAAGACAGUUUGCUAGUUCUGGUGAUUUAGAGAGAUUGCAUACAAAGUUGUAA